AUGGAUGAGGCCCACAAGUCUCGGUUCUCCAUCCAUCCAGGGGCGACGAAGAUGUACAGAGAUCUUCGUCCCGAUUACUGGUGGCCCUGCAUGAAGCGGGACGUAGCUUGGUAUGUGGAGAGAUGCCUGACCUUCAGGAAGGUCAAGGCAGAGCACCAGAGGCCCCAUGGCAAGAUGCAGCCGCUAGACAUUCCCGUGUGGAAAUGGGAGGAUAUCACCAUGGAUUUCAUUACUAAGCUUCCCAGGACCGCACGAGGGGUUGAUUCGAUAUGGGUCAUCGUGGAUCGAUUGACCAAGAGCGCCCAUUUUAUACCAAUCCAGGAGAGCAUCUCGGCCGAGAAGCUGGCCGAGAUUUAUGUGCGAGAGGUAGUGGCAUGUCCUGGAGUGCCUGUCUUGGUGGUGUCAGACCGAGACGUCCGGUUCACUUCCAGGUUUUGGAAGCAGUUUCACGAUGAGAUGGGUACUCGUCUCCAUUUCAGCACCGCUUUCCACCCUCAGACGGACGAACAAAGCGAGAGGACGAUUCAAACUCUCGAGUACAUGCUUUGGGCAUGUGUACUAGAUUUCGGUGGCAGUUGGGAUACGUAUCUUCCGUUAGCGGAAUUUUCGUAUAACAACAACUAUCACUCCAGUAUAGACCGGCCUCCCAUCGUGAUGCUCUACGGGAGGAAGUGUAGGACCCCAAUCUGUUGGGGUGAGGUCGGUCAGAGAUUCAUGGGGAGUACAGAGGUAGUACUCAAGACCACGGAGCGGAUUCAGCAAGUCCGGAGCAGACUCCAGACUGCUCAGAGUCGGCAGAAGAGUUACGCCGACAUGAGGCAUUGUGACUUGGAGUUUCAGGUAGGCGAUAUGGUCCUCCUGAAAGUGUCACCCUGGAAGGGUGUCAUUAGAUUUCGGAAGCAGGGAAAGCUGGGCCCCAGUGGCGAUUGUGGAUCACAAGGUGAAGAAGCUGAGAAAAAAGAGGUUAGAGUUAGUGAAGGUGCAAUGCCAGCACCGCAAGGGCUCAGAGUGGACGUGGGAGCCGAGGAGGAAAUGAGAAAUCACUACCCUGAGUUAUUUUCAGAGACAGUAGACUUCGAGGACGAAGUCUAA